CCAGAGGCCAUCCUUAAGAUGAAGAAAGUUGAUUUCCCACAUCAGAGGUGUCUGUGUCGAGGGAAAUCACAGCAUGACUCAUCACAUCAAAUUUGUGUGAAACCUGCAUUUCCAAAUGAUGUAUCAAAAGAAAUCACUGAACGCGGUUCCUACCAUUCCACUACAGAGGAUCUGUGGAAGGACGGUGACCCUACAAAAAGAGAUCAGCAAAACCAGAUCCCACUCUUGAGUUCUGGUGCUUUCUUCAACCAGAAAACGCUGAGAAGUGACAAUAGUUAUGAGUGGGAAGCAACUGGGAGAUCCAUUCCUUUAGGACUUCACCUCAUUUCUACCCAAAAGAGACUUCCAAAAUGUUGCUCAAUUGAAAAAACUUUGCAGCCUAACUCUAACCUUCAAGCAAAUAGUGAACAUCAAAGCAGUUCCACAAAGCAGCCUAAUGGCAUUGUUGAAUCCUGUCAGUUCUUCACACAAGGCCCUUCUAAUGCUGUGUGUACAAUUCCUAACAGGGAAGAGAAAGCAUUCAAAGGUAAAGACUUUGAAAGAAUUCUCAACCCUAAGCAGCCACUUCUGCAGCAUGAAAUUCUUUCUGAGGACCAGCCAGUUGAAUAUACCAAAUAUACUGCUUUGUGUCAGCAGCAAAUCACUAAUACCAUAGAGACACCUUUUAUUUGUCACAUAUGUGGAAAGUCCUUCCUUCAGAAAUCUCAGUUGAGUUCUCAUCCAGGAACAAAUAGAGGAGAGACAGCUUCUGAAUGUCCUGACUGUCUGAAAUCACUUACAAGUCCAUCCAGCCUGCAGGUGCCUCAAGAAGUCCACACAAAGGAGAAACCUUACAAGUGCCAUGACUGUGGGAAAUCGUUCAGUUAUGCCUCCCACCUAAAGGUUCAUCUUCGAAUACACACAGGUGAGAGACCUUAUGUGUGUUCUGACUGUGGGAAGGCCUUCAGCCAAAAGUCAGUCCUUACCACACAUCAGAGGAUUCACACUGGGGAGAAGCCUUACACAUGUAGCCACUGUGGGAAAAUGUUUGUUUAUGCCUCAGAUCUGAAGAAGCAUAGUCGGUUUCACACGGGGGAGAAGCCUUAUGAAUGCCCUGACUGUGGGAAGUUGUUCAGUAAUAAAUCCCACCUGCCUGUGCAUCAUCGAAUUCACACUGGUGAGAGACCUUACAAAUGCCGUGACUGCGGGAAGUCAUUCAGAAGAAAAUGCCACCUUAAAGUCCAUAACCGAGUGCACACUGGGGAGAAACCUUACAUAUGCUCUGAGUGUGGGAAGGCCUUCAGCCAUAGUUCAGUUCUCAGCACACAUCAGAGGAUUCACACUGGGGAGAAGCCUUACACAUGCAGCGACUGUGGGAAAGCCAUGUCAUCCAAAGCCCAACUGAGUGAACAUCAGAGGAUCCACACGGGUGAGAAGCCAUUUGUGUGCAUGGAAUGUGGACGAGCUUUCAGUGGCAGGUCUUCUUUACAGGCACAUCGCAGGACUCACAGCAGUGAGAAACCUUUUGUCUGUCCCAAAUGUGGGAAAGGCUUCCUGCGCAGGUCACAGUUGUCUUCUCACCAACAAACUCACACUGCUGAGAGCCCUUAGGAGUGCUGCAUGUGUGUUGCAAUUUCUGUCACACAUGUCAGCUGAACGUACAUCAAAUUGAAAUGGAAGAAAACGUUGCCGGUACUUGACUAGGAAAGUUUUCAACAACUGAAGGCUCAUCUGUUUCGUUCUGUGCGGAGAGACCUGAGGUGGGUUUUCAAUGCAGAAAGUCCUUCAAACACAAGUCAGAUUUCAGUAGACCCAGGGACUCAUACCUCACACUGUUCUUACAGAUACUGUGAUCAUAUGGAACGCUUUACCACAGUCAAUUCCUUAGCAAUACUUUUUUUUUAACUUUCUUUUUUUUUGGGGGGGGGGUUGUUUCGAGACAGAGUUUCUCUGUGGCUUUGGAGGCUGUCUUGGAACUCACUCUGUAGAC